AUGGCUUUUCUUCGCGUGCGUCUAAUAAACCCUACAUUUGAAAGAUCAACGGUCGCUUCAAAGAGACAAAAUCCAAAGACCAUUCUGAGUUUCCAUUGCAAAGCUUCGGGCUUCGAGAGCAAACCGAUGUCGCAUUCUUCUGUUCCUCGCCAGAAUCUCAUGAGAAAGUGUCGGCCGAAAAAGGAAGAAGAACCCCUUGGAGGAGAUAUGGAGGAUCUCUUUAGCGAAAAGGAAACCCAGAAAAUCAGAAUGUCUUUACUCGACUGGUACGAUGAUAAUCACCGAGAUCUUCCAUGGAGGAAGACAAGGAGUGAAAGUGAAAAGGAGAGAAGAGCUUAUGAGGUUUGGGUAUCGGAGAUUAUGCUGCAGCAAACUAGGGUUCAAACUGUAAUGGAGUAUUACAAACGCUGGAUGAAUAGAUGGCCAACCAUUAACGACCUUGCUCAAGCUUCCCUUGAGGAGGUAAACGAAAUGUGGGCAGGUUUGGGCUACUAUCGGCGAGCACGUUUUCUUUUAGAGGGUGCGAAGAUGGUUGUUGCAGGGAAGGAGGGUUUUCCUAAUCAAGCUUCUACCUUGAUGAAAGUUAAAGGAAUAGGAGAGUAUACAGCCGGAGCAAUUGCCUCAAUUGCUUUCAAUGAGGCGGUACCUGUUGUCGAUGGAAACGUGAUAAGAGUGCUUGCCAGACUAAAGGCCAUCUCAGCUAAUCCAAAAGACCGGAUUACCAUCAAGAAUUUCUGGAAACUAGCUGCACAGCUUGUGGAUCCUUCGCGUCCCGGAGAUUUCAACCAGUCUCUAAUGGAGCUUGGUGCGACUCUAUGCACCGUAUCAAAGCCAAGUUGUUCCUCUUGUCCUGUUUCCAGUCAAUGCCGUGCAUAUUCGCUUUUCCAGGAAAACAGAACCAUUCCCGUUACAGAUUAUCCUACAAAAGUGCUCAAGUCCAAGCCAAGGCGCGACUUUUGUUGCGUAUGUGUAUUGGAAAUACUGAAUCAGGAGAGGAACCAGUCAGAAGGGAGAUUUGUUCUUGUAAAGAGACCAGAAGAGGGUCUGCUUGCUGGUCUUUGGGAGUUCCCAUCUAUUAUAUUGGAUGAGGAAGCUGAUUUGGCCGCAAGGAGGAAUGCAAUCAACCUCUACCUUAAGGAAGCAUUCCAUGUAAAACCGAAGGAAACUUGCGCUAUAGUUUCAAGAAAAGAACUUGGAGAAUUCGUCCACAUCUUCACACACAUACGUCGAAAAAUUUAUGUGGAGCUAUUAGUCGUACAACUUACAGGUGGAAAAGAUCUGUUCAAAAAUCAAGCGAAUGAUACUCUGACGUGGAAGUGUGUGAACAGUGAUGUACUUUCUACAAUGGGACUGACAUCGGCUGUGAGGAAGGUAUAUUCAAUGGUUGAAGCACACAAGCAAGGCUUAUCUGUUGCUCCGGUCUCGUCAAAUAGAACAGCCACUUCGAGGAAACGAAGAAUCCCAUGAUAACCUUCUUGUCACCCAUAUCUACAUGUUGUGCAGCUGCUGUAUUUGUUGCCUAUAGUUUAGAUAUCAAAGUCUUGUUAAGUUUUGACCAGAACACUAGUGAUCUUGUUGUGAAAUUGAACAAUUAGUUUCUACUGAGUGACUGGACUCCCUCGAGGGAUUGAUUUGGUAAACAAUAUUUUUAU